CUGAGGUCCUAGCUGGGAUCAGAUAUCCCAGCACAGUCAGCCCUGAUAGCCUUCCUUAGAACUUUGCAAAUCCCCAGCCGCUGGGGCCAGAGAAGGCAAUUUUAUCGUCUACGAGUUUAUGAGCCAGAGCGGCUGCUAGGCGGGGAGUCGGCGGCAUACAGCGUCUGGAGGUAUGGCCCGGCCUGACUGUGCACAGUGCAGCACCCCGCAGCGCGGAGCAGCCCCGCGGCCCUGCUCUGAAGGGUAGUUUGGUCGGCUUCUGCUCUCCGCGCCUGCCCCAGCCUGUAGAAUUACCCUCCCCGGACAUCUAGGAGCUCCAAACCCACCAGGGCCCAUGGUGGAGAGGUGGGGACGCAGGAGGAGGGGCACACGGGACUCGGGCCCAGAGCCGGGGGCGGGUCCGAGGCUAGGGGCCCGGAUCGGGAGCCAAGCGCUGGGGCCCAGGCGGCUGCGGAGCCGAGCGCAGCGGGCAGCGGGACCGCCCCAGCCCGGCCGACCAUGAACUCGGGACGCGAGCCCCGAACACCCCGGACACUCUUAAGCAUCGCAGACAUCCUAGCCCCGGGCAUGGUCCCCCGAGCACCCUCUGCGCCGCAGCUUCCAGAGUCGGGUCCGGGUCCAACGUCGCCGCUGUGCGCGCUGGAGGAGCUGACUAGUAAAACUUUCCGCGGACUUGACGCGCGCGCCCCGCAGCCCUCUGAAGGGCGGGCAGCCGCGAACGCGCUGGGCCCUGGCCCUGCCGGCCGCAAACGGCGCAAGUCACGCACGGCGUUCACUGCGCAACAGGUGCUGGAGCUGGAGCGGCGCUUCGUCUUCCAGAAGUACCUGGCGCCGUCCGAGCGAGACGGGCUAGCUACGCGACUAGGCCUGGCCAACGCGCAAGUGGUCACUUGGUUCCAGAACCGACGAGCCAAGCUCAAGCGCGACGUGGAGGAGAUGCGGGCCGACGUCGCCUCGCUACGUGCGCUGUCCCCCGAAGUCCUGUGCAGCUUAGCACUGCCCGACGGCGCUCCAGAUCCCAGCCUCCGCCUCGGACCCGCCGGCCCUGACUCCCGGCCCCACCAGUCAGACGAGGAGAUACAGGUGGACGAUUGAAGACAAAGCCGCCGCCAACCCUGGGCUCUGGGGUCCGGGACUCCUCACCUCGUGCUCUGCCUCCUGCCCGAGUUCCAGGGUGGAGGAAAGAGGUCCACUUGGGCCUCUUCCGGCCCACAGCCCAGACGCUCACCUUUCCCGGUUUUUUUUUGUAAGUUUGUUUUGUUGUUUGAGACAGGGCCUCGCUCUGUCGCCCAGGCUGGAGUGCCGUGGAGCGAUCACCACUCACUGCAGCCUCGACCUCCUUGGCUCAAGCGAUCCUCCUGCUUCAAUCUCCUGACUAGCUGGGAUCACAGGCGUGCAGCCCCACCUCAGGCUAAUUUUAAAAACUUUUUUUUAGAGAGGAGGUCCCGCUAUGUUGUCCAGGCUACCUUUCCCAAUAUUUUAGAAUAAAGUCGAGACUCUGCCGCA